AUGGCUCUGUGGCAGGGCUCCAUUUACACCCUAGUCAAAUGUGACCUGAGGUCAGAUGUGGUCAUGUACCCCCCAUUGCCUCAGGACCCAACUUCCUUGCCUUUGUACCUGCUGACCACCAUCAUGUGGGAAACGAGAAGCAGGGAAAAAGCUGGUGCCACUUUGCUCUUUUCAGGUGUGUUUUUGGGACUGGUGGGGAUCACUUUCACUGUGAUGGGAUGGAUAAAAUAUGACAGCAUUACUCAUCUGGAAUGGACUCAGUUACUAGGGCCUAUUCUGCUGUCUGUCGAGGUGACUUUUAUUCUGAUUGCUGUUUGCAAAUUUAACAUGCUUACAUGCAAGCACUGUAGAGAGGAAAAUACAUCAGACCUUAACCAGACUGCAAGUGGACGGUCCCUUGUGUUCACUAGUGUCAACCAGCCUCUAACUUUUCACAGUGCCACAGUGGUGCCGUACAUCCCUCCACCAUAACCAGCCCAGGAAGCCAUUGCUGUGAAUCCAUGCUACCUGCACCCAGUCCUCAGCUCCUGCAGUGCCAUUUCCUCCAGUGCUUCACUGAUUCCCACACCAGGCUCUGCCCACUUCUGCCCUGCCUACCCCCUAGAUAAGCCAGCUUUCACCAGAGAUGAAAACUAUGCUACUUAUCUCACAGGGAACACCAGGUUUCAGAGGUACGUCUUCUGA